AGAAAAUAUAACAAAAAUGGCGGCGGCAAUGCCAAUAAACCCUAAACCUUUCCUCAACAGUUUAACAGGCAAAUCUGUGCUAGUUAAACUAAAAUGGGGCCACGAAUAUAAAGGAUUACUUGUAUCUGCUGAUGGAUACAUGAACCUACAGUUAGCUAACACCGAAGAAAUCGUUGAUGGGUCGUGUACAGGAAACCUUGGAGAGGUUUUGAUCCGUUGCAAUAAUGUGCUGUAUGUAAGAGGCGCUGAGGAAGAAGAUGAAGAAGGAGAAAUGAAAGAAUAAAGUAACUCAUAAGGACGUUAAAAUAAGGUUUAGAUUAAGAUUUCCAUACUUUAAGUUCUAAUAAAGAUAUUUUC